AUGCCGCGGGGCAGCCUGGACAACGCGCUAUUAGAUAGUGAGUCGUGUGCCAGGGGAGGUGCUUAUUAUUGCAGUGUGGACUCACCACUCGCCUGUCUGCUCGUGUACGAGUUCAUGCCGAGGGGCAGCCUGGACAACGCGCUAUUAGAUAGUGAGUCGUGUGCCAGGGGAAGGUGCACCGCCGUCCUAUUACCCUGUACUCACUCUCCGUCCUCCCCUGCCCCCCUCCUUCCUCCACCAGGUGCGAGCGGAGAGCUCUUCUUCAGCUGGAACAUGCGGCUCAAGGUGGCGGUGCAGGUGGCAGAGGCAUUGGCGUAUUUGCACGGAGCCAACUUGAUCCACCGCGACCUCAAAGCCGCCAACGUGCUGCUCUCUCCUGUGAGUUCCCCGGGGCGGAUGGGGGAAGGUGGUGGUGUGCAAGAGUACGAUGCGAAGCUGACAGACUUUGGCAUGGUGCGCGUGGGGCCGGAGAGGCAGCUGCAAUCGAUCGUGUCGACCCGCGUGAUGGGUACCCGGGGGUACACCGACCCAUCAUACAUGGAGACAGGUCACCUGGAAGCCAGGAGCAACAUCUGCUCCUUCGGUCACCUGGGAGCCAAGAGUGACGUCUACUCCUUUGGCGUUCUCCUGCUAGAGCUGGUAACCGGCAGGAGAGUGGUGGACGAGGGGGAAAAGAUGAAUGAUGAGGCGGAGGCGGCAGCUGAAGCUGCAGCAUUGGAGGUGGGAGGAUCAGGGUUGGUAGAAGGGGGGGAUACGGUGGUCAAUGGAGGCUUGGCGACUCUGGCCCGGCACUGCGUGGCGGAUAAUAGGUCGGUCCGGCCUGACAUUGGGAUUGUACCGGAUAAGCUAAGGCUGUUGGUGAAGGUGUGUGAGAGUGAUGAGUUGGAAGCGGCAGCUCAAGCUGCAGCAUUGGAGGCGGGAGGAUCAGGGUCGGAUGAAGGGGGGGAUAUGGAGGUGAAUGGCGGUGGCGGGGGGUCGUCAACAGCUGUGGCACCUCCCAUAGUAAAGAUUGGUGGUUGA